AUGGUGGACAACCCCUUUGUCCAAGCGUGGCCUUCGCGCAGCGAUGGUUCAUACCGUGCAUCUCUUUCUUCGCAACGGCCGUCGAGGAAGCCUGCCGCCGCAUUCUCCGCUGGUCUACAGAAAGCAAGCGAUGCAUCCACCGCGCCUCCUGUCCACGUCGAUGUUGGAUCAGCGCCACUUCUACCCGAAUCAAAUGAAACAUUAAGCCCAUCAUGCAGCGAGACAAGCGCAGCCGAGGCUUCGCUACCAGAUAUUCUUGCCUCCCAAAGCAGCGAGCCAGCGAAGAACGCUGAAACGUUAUCACAAAAAGGUUCAAUAGAAGAUAAUGUACCUGUAUCAGCGACUGAUAAGGAAGAUAGCUCUUGGUUGAAGUGCAUGGAAAAGUUCGGCGGGUUCAGCAAGGCGUUGGGUAUAUCGCAAAUGGUUGGGGGAGUUUACGCACACUCGUACACGGAUUACUACGUGGUUCACUCUCACUCUGAGAACUGCCGUAUGGUAGACAUGCUAUUUUUCAACUGCAAUUGCCCUAAGGUCACGUUCCCCUGCUCGCAUAUCAUGGCCGCAGCGUUAUCAAACAACGAUCGCAGAUACGUGGGGAAAGUGGUGCUCAUCAAAAAGAUCGAACAGCAAGUCAUGAAGAUGCUACAUAAGUCGAAACGUAAAAAUUGCCCCGCCUCAAUUGUUAGCGCUAUUGCGGAAAACGUCAAAAAUCUUUGCACCGAUGCACAGGCGGAGAAAAUGCUCCUGGAGCUCCUAUUGGGCAUUGUGUUUCGGUUGAUACAGGUUGCCUAUGGAUUAAUGCCUUACAACGUCGACCUAAUGGGGAGAUCUAAGUCCAGAUAUUUGUAUCAGGUAGGUCACAGUCAUGCGAAGGAGCAUAUGGGCGCUUUUGAUCAGACCCCUAUGCCGUAUACGGUUCCAGAAAACAGCCAAGCUUUCCAGAAAUCGAACAACAGCGUUCCCGGCAUAAAUGUAGCUGCUAAUGAUGAAUGCCGCUGCGCUUGUGAGUCGAAUACACGCUUAGAGAUGUAUGCCAGACGAUUGGUUCGUCGAUUUCGUUUUCUCCUGGGCAGUAUCGCCCCGCUGCCAAAACCAUCUAACGAGCAGGAUGUGGGCGAUGCCGUUAAGAGCAUGAUGCCAGCAUUUCGUAGAAUGUUGGAAGAAGAUUAUGGAAUCGAUGUAACGUCAGAAAAGGAUCAAGAUGGCCUGGAGGAAACGAUUUCGCAUUACCUCGAAACUCACGACAGCGCUCAGGUCUCGCCAACUGUAGAUGGAUAUGCACUCGGGUAUGAUUACGCAGAGAGGCAGAAGCCUCCAGCGGAGACCGUAGAUGAUCCAAAGAGUGUGCAUAAGAUGCAGGAGCUGUACGACGAGAUCGCCGCAUCGCCCAUGAUGGCAGAUAUCCAUCGCGUCACCAAUUGGUCUAUGAGGCAUCAGAUAAAUCAUGGGACUUUAAAAGGCGUGUUGGAGAAUUGCUCACCGGAUGUUCUAGGUGACGUAACGUUCAUCACCCUAAAAAACGAUUCUGCCAUAAAAGUGCCUUCAACAAAGGGUUUUGCAUCUUCCUCUGAUAUCCUACAGAAAAUGAUCUCUGCGAUUCAUAAAAAUGAUUCGAGAUCCUUCGCUGCCCAUGGGCUGACUCUACUCGUUUCGGUAAAGAAGAUUUCUCUCCUACCUUCGAGGGAUAAACUCACCGAAGCCAUCAACCAGAUGCUUUCAUCGCAUUCUCCAGGUGAACCUGGGCCCUUAUUUUUGGCAAAAUGUAUUGAUUUGAUGCCAGACAUGUUGCUACUACCAUUCUGCACAGCUUAUUUCGAUAAUACGGAUGUUUUCAGCAAGAAGUGCAUGCGUCGUGUUGCGAUCCACAUGUGCGAGCUCAUUUUAAAAGGGGGAAUGAAUGGUUCGGUGUACGACAAGAUUAUCCUAAUGGGUUCCUUCUUCAAUAUCCCUGUCAGCGUGUAUUGGGAAGAGGCCAAAGCUAUUGUUGCAAGGAGAUAUAAGGGCUGGGAAGAAGCGUCCGGAUCUCAGAACGUGCAACAUGCUGAAGAUUCGAAGUCAUCGCAGCCGGAAAAUGAAUGCAGUCAUACGUCACUACCAAUCGCCGAGCCCACAGCAUUGCCAACGCCUGACCAUACAAAUGCAGUCGUCUCAUCAAAAAUUCAGCAAUCUAGUGCAGUAUCAGGCAUAUGCGCAGCGCCUAUGGCUGCCACUGCCAAGGGCUCAGAUCCUAAUGGUGAUCCCGAGGAUAAGCAAGAACUUCUCAAUGCGAACACUCCCGCUAACAGAAAUGUAGGGAAGCCGUGUAACAAUGCAGCAGACAACAAACAAAAUUCUGGGUAUAUCCCAUCCGAUCAUGUCGAUAAAUCGUCUUCAAUGAAGUUUUCACCGACACAGGAAGGAAGACACGGCGAUCCCGUUGUUGAAAAGACCCGUGACACAGCUAAUGACAGCAUUGAUACUGUGUGUGAACGGAAAAAGAGGCUACAUGAAGGUGAAGACGACUCAACUCCGCCAUCGCCGGAAAUCGUGGGAAAGUCGGGAGACACUUCUCCCGACGUAGUUAAUCUAUAUUGGCAACUCUGGGCACCAACAGAUCCCGAACUGCUAGCGCGUGGUGAAAAGUUGAUUAACGAUAUCCGGUACGAAGAAUUUGGUGUUAGCGUGAAUCCAAACCCCAGCGAUUCGGUAACACAACAAAAUCCAGAGACCGAAAAUCUUGCCACAGUGCUGCGUAAGCAGCGUCAGAGGAUUGCGCGCUCAAUUGGGCGGCUUAGUGAAGACCUUUAUAAUAGCCGAGUUCAUUUUCAGCAGGAGCUACUGCAAAACGCAGAUGACAAUGAUUAUGACGUGAAGUCACCCGAAGUUGCGUUUCUGUUUGAUAACGAAGGCAUCGUUGUUAUUAAUAACGAACGUGGUUUCAGCGAAAAAGACGUACGUUCCCUUUGUGAUGUAGGGGCCAGCAGUAAGAUUGACAGCAGUGAAAGCAAGGUGGGCAAAUUCGGUAGAGGAUUCAAAUCGGUAUUCUUAGUUACACAAUCGCCAUUCGUCUUUUCUAAUGGCUACCACUUCAUGUUCAACGCCAACCCCGAUAUGGUGAAUAAUACGGAGUUUAUCCUGCCUCAUUGGGUCUGUGUUGGAAACUACACCAACCCAUUUGGAUAUGUCAAAAACAGGCUUUCGACUCAGGGUGGAAACCUUUUCAGAGAGUUAGCUUCGCAAUUGGUGCAGAGGCACGGUGUCAUACCAAACACGCUGAUGUAUCUGCCGUUUAAGAAGGGGGACAUCGCUAAUGGGCGACACACUUGUUUUUCAGAUUUUCAGAAAAUUGACGCCUUGUAUCUUGCAUUCUUGAGAAAGCUUACGGCUAUAACGCUAGUAGACGGCACCGAAAGCACCGCUACACGUUUCAUAAAAAAAACGGUAUCGUAUAAAACCGCUACUGUUACAGUGAGCAGUAAAAGUAAGAGUAAGACAGCAGAUUCAUCCACCACUACGGUCCCGGGUGAUUCGGAGUAUGUGACUAAGAGUUGUUUUCAGGUUAUCACUAUAUCGAAGGAGGUCGGAAACUUAUUUGAUGGUGCCUCUACCGUGGAAGAUUUAUGCGUGUUCCUGUUCACAUACAAUUUCCAACUUGAUAGCACUGAACGGAUUGCUGUGGGUUUGUCCGAAGAGGUGAACGAGGAUUAUGCUGUCACGGUCGGCGUCCCAGUUCUGCCAAAUGUCGUUGGAGGUAAAACAUACAGCGUUUGCAAUGGGCUUCCUGUGGCUGAUUAUGGUCUGCCAUUUCUGAUUGACGCAAAUUUUGUCGUAUCUGCAAGCAGAGGGACAAUCAUCAGCGAUGAUCCAUGGAAUAGCAUAUUGGCGGAGCAUGCCGGUCUCGCAUUCGCUUUGAUGAUUUUUGUAAUAUCCAAAGCUUACCGGAACGAGGCGAAUUUAUACCGUAAUGUUAUAUACGCGAUACCGGGAAAAGACGCGGGCACAGGUGUUUUCGAAAAAUGUUGCGCUCGGGCGCAGGAAGUACUGAAGCAGGCGCGUUGGGUAGCUGUUGACGGUGAAUCAAAUGUGACUGUCCUUCCUUCGCAGGCCAUAAUUCCGCCAGAUGACACUUGCCUCGUGUCCAAAAAGGAUACGCCGGAAAUACUGCGUGCGGUGUUUCAUUCGGAACUACUCAAGGAUUACUGUGAUAUGUAUUAUGCCGCCGAGGAAUUUCAUGAUCCGUACCUGCGUGGUGCAAUGUUGAAUGUCGGAAUAAGUGAGAUGAACGUUGCCUUUAUAUGCCAACUCCUGAAAGGACUGCGUACAAAAAUCGAUAUCUCCCUUCCAUUGUCAUCGCAGCCGCAGCUGGCGCAGCAGUUCUUUGGCAACAUGGGGGUGGUGUUGUGCCUGCUGGAGCGCAUGGCGCUUCCUAGUGAUAUGGAUGAUAUUCGUAAAGAGUUGCUCUUGGUUGAUUCUCAGGGGAUGCUCAUCUCUGUCGACGAUUCCACCGUAUUUGUUCGUAGCGGCAAGCAUACAUGCAUGAACGACAUUCACAAGGUUAUAUCACCAUCCCUGUUCGACAAUUGCUGGGAAAUAGAGGGGUAUGAGCAUCGUGUGGCCGGCAUAUUGGAACUUCUGGGUUGCGUGGAAUUAACAGACAAGAAUUUGUUGUCCAGACAAAUCACCACCAAAGUUCGCAAGAUGCUUGAUGCAAAAGAUCGUCUUGGUCCUGACGAAAUUUUGGAGGACAGCAGAGAUGUGUUGCACCUUUUGGCUCUGAAUUGCGGAAAGCUCUCAUUGUUGGGCCCUAAGGAUAUAGAGGUGAUCAGAUCGAUGCCAGUAGUUCUUAGCACCGGCAAGAUAACCCAUCUUGGUGAUCCCUUUAUCCGCUUUUGUCCCAACCACAGAAGCGCCUGCAAAAUUAUGUCCGCAAAUGAUGAUCUCGCUAAACAUUACAGCAAUAUCCGAACCUUUGCCACUCGGACGGAUCUGCACCACAUUUUCCUCAGUGAUGAUUAUCUUGCAGGUAUUGCCAAACACAGCGAAUCUUCGGAAGCUGGCUUUACUUUCCAGGAUUUUGUUGACACGCUGGCAUACAUUGGUGUAUUCAGUUUCAUCACAUACGCUCCACUGGAUCUGUCGGUCGAUGCUUCCGGUAAAUAUGAAUUGCCCAUGCUUCCCGACGACAUAAAGACAGCAGUUUGGCACCGUACCAAGCAGCUUGAUUCUGAUUUGAGACGAUCGCAUCUGCUUGGCAUUCAUAAGGUGGUGAAAGAUUGGUAUAGCCCAGACUUCGCUAGCGUUGUGGAUGCCGUGCGUAAACUAUAUGGGAGUGACCCAAGUAAUGCACGUGGUGGGGACCCAAGUAAACAUAAAAGAGACGAUUCGGCAUUGCGACUUCAGUGGACGUCUGCACACCAUGUUUCCACAUUAUUGUACCACAUUAUGAACAAGGAGCUUGAACUUCACCCUAAAUAUUACCUGGCUACAUUGCAAUUUGGUGGUCGGCAGCAACCCCUCGGUCAUUCACUGCUGUACUACCAGUUGCGCCAUAUCCCGUGGCUUCCGUACAAAGAAUGUGUCUACAAACAUGGCAGUAAGUCACGACCUGUUGGCACUUGGCAAGCAGUGCCACCCAUUGCCUUAGAAAACGACAUCGGGUAUCCCUGCACUCUGUUUUUAAGUCUUGAUGAACAAGUUAGAAACGAACUUCUGCUGCCAAAGGAAUCAUACGACUUGUUGGAAAUACUGAAUUUCAUAUCUGCAAAAUGUGGCCAGGCCAAUUUGGAGACUCCAAGUCGCAUUUCAACUCAGACAGGCACAAACCAGGGGCUACAACAUUGGGGAGACCCCUCCACACUGGAGCGUUUGAAUCAUUCGUUUUCACAGCGAUUUUUCGAUAGUAUUCUUUUAAAUCAACCUGCGGUUCUGAGGAGAAUACUCGCUUGUAUAUACAUCGAAGUGUAUCGGGAGAUGCAAAAGGAUAGCUUAUUUGCCGUUCGAGCACGUACCAUGUUUUGGUGCAGAGAGUUGAUAGUAUCUUUUGGUCCAUGUGUCAACUCAUUGCGCUCGCCUCAGAAGCCAGUAGUAUGCACUGCGCAGGAUCCGAGGUUGGUAGUAUUCAAAUCUAUGACCGGCUGUGAAGUUCUCACGCCACUCGCAGAUGACUAUGCAGAGUUCCCAUUAUUGGGGGUCUUUUGGUACAACCUGGGAAUCAAAGAAUUCAUGUCGGCCGCAGAAACGCUGCGCAUCCUAGGUAAUAUCACAGAAGAAAAUGCCUUAGAAAACUUGGAAAUUGUUUACAUGUGCAUAAUACAUCUUUAUAACGUAUUGGAUGAGGAGGAGUUUACGGAAGCCCUUUGGGAACGUAAAUGCAUACCUGUGACGUGCGAAUAUGAUGACAUGUUCAUUCCGGGUCAAGAUGAUAAUCGGCGUACCACCAAGAUGGAUAGGCUUGUGGCGCCUGCCAGUGGUAUAGUUGUCGCACGUGAUCCGGAUUCUGUGGAUCUGCUUCAAAAUUUCUCGCUGGGUCCACAAUUAGGCAUAUGGGUUGCCGGUAAGCCCCUCAUCGGACCUCUGGAUGCCUACAUGAUCCGGUACUUUCAGGCAUAUCCCCCUGGCACAGACGUCAGAAUAACUGGCAUAUGGGUAGACAUAUUGGAUACAUUGGAAGCAACAGAGUUUAAGGAAUACUGUUGGAUGGAGCCGGUAGUUGGGGCUGAGGCGGAACAAUGUCCGUGGCCUAUGGGUGUCUACGUAUUAGUAGCGCUGCUGCCUUAUGUGCAUUACUACCUGAAACAUCGCAUGAAAGAUCAGUACAGCCUGUGCUGUAAACGUUUCCCCCAAAUUCUUAGUCGAAUAUCCAUCGUCAUCACAACAGGCGAACUUCUGAUGGAGUAUCGGUACCGCAAGGGUGGGGUGUCUGCCACGGGCACACGUGUGUCGGACGACUCAUUCAUUCAUUGCGAUUCCGCAGGUACCAUAAAGAUAUAUGCAGUCCUAAGCGCCAUGCCUAAACGUUUCAACAGCACGGCGGAUGUUAUAUCUAGUGCACAAGAAGCCACGAAAUUAGGGUAUCUUAAAGGUUUACCCGAGUCGUUUUUUGUCAACCUCGCAAAGUCCCUCCUCUCCGAUCCCACAACUCCUCCAAUGGAUUUGAACAGCAGAUUUGUGGGGACGACCGAACAAGAGACGUUGUUAGGAGAAUUUAUGUCCGCCAUUUAUGAAAUGAUAAUGACGCAGCCCAAGAAUGCGGUAGAUACUUUCAUGAAACGUUACAGCACUGGACCAUCGGGAAGGUGCUUAUGUUCUGAGUAUGUGUUCCCAUCUCUAUAUCAGCUGCCUGGCAACAGUAGCGCUAUUGCGCCUGGACGUAAUACCUCUAGCGGAGAUGUGUGUGCUAAAGCGGCUUCAGACGCCAAUGUAGAUACUACAAUGAAGAAAUCGGAAGUAGUAAAUCAAACUGCGGCUAAAGGAACGUCGGGUGGAGUUCCUGCGAAAAAUCUGCCUUACUUAGAGGGGCACGGUUCGCACCUAGAUAGUGGAGAGGUAUGCUUGGGAAAUGUCAUGGAUCCGUUUGUUUAUAUUUUACUGUACGGUUCACCCAUAGGUCAAUCUGCGAUCGAAAGCACAUCUAGUAGCAAUGAGUCUUGUGAUGUUGAGAGCAUUGCGAGUUCUCCGUCGACAUCGGCAAACGUUGAACUACCAGAUGCUGACCACCAGGGCGUGUCCAGGUCGUCGGAACCUGUCAACGGUGACAGCUCUAGUUCUUCUGAAUCUACGCCCGCACAUGUGGAUGUUGUAGACAAGUCGGUACAAUCCGAUUCUGCUGGAAUAGAGGCCACGCCAUCGGAUAAUACUGCAGAUGAUUUGACCCAUUUGUUACGUUCAGCGAUAUGUCCCCCUCACGCAGAACCUAGAGAUGAAAAGAGGGAUGAUGGAGACGCAGUAAAGAGCCUCCCUCCGACUAGUAGGCAUGAAGAUGUUACUUUAAAUCCAGCACCUGAGUCGGUGCGUUCGCCAUUACAAGUAGAGGAAGAUGUCGCGAGCAUUUCACAACAGGAUGCAAUCAAUGACCAUGGAGCUCAGGUGCAGCUCUAUCAUGGACGAUCCACAUCUUGUAAGGAUGUACACAAACAUUUGGCUUAUAUGUUGGUGCUGUCUGACGAAUUGAGGAGCGCAGUUGGCAGCGUUUCCUUAUAUGAGCACAUCCCCUCUUCAAAGUACGUCAAACCAACCAAGAUGAACCGGCAGCUUGCAGACCGCACGUCGCGCAAGAAUGUAGCGGAUAGUCAGCGUAGCUAUGCAGUUGGCUAUUUGGGAGAGGAAUAUGUCUUCGAACUUCUGCAGGCAUUGUUAAAAUCCGAAUUGGAUAGCAAAAAGGUUGCGAUAAGUUGGUAUAACAAGACAGCGGAGAGCGGGCUUGCGUACGAUUUAACCAUUCAUAACACGGAAGGCGAGGAAGUAUUCAUAGAGGUCAAAAGCAGCUCGUCUUCAGAUAGGAACUACUUCCCAGUAAGCUACAAUGAAUGGUGUUUCGCGCAGCAGAAGGGUGCCAGAAUGGUCACAAUCAAGGGUGAUCACUUUCGCUUCGACACCAUCGCAAUACAGAGAGCAGGCGCUAGUCCCCCGAAGUAUGACACGUUUAGGGUGCCAGUGCCCCUUGAAACCGAGCUUGUUAUGCCGGAGGAAGGCGCCUUCAGCAGCACGACGGAAUCCUCAAUAGGACAAGCGGAGCCACAGACUCAUAAUGAUACCGAAAAGGUUUCAGUGGUACAGCCAGUGGUGAUGGAACAGGUCGCAGUGACUGUAAGGCCUGCUUUCAACGAUUUUAUCAGGGGCCACCUUCGAGAACUGGAGAAACGCAUGGACGUCCGUAUGAGUCUAACUCCGCGCGGAAACGAUCACUGCCUCAUUGCCAGCGGUAGCAGGGCAUCGGAAGCGAUAGUAGAGAUGCUCAAUAUGUGUAGAACAAGCCGGAUAUACAACUACUAUCUCUGCCUCCCUGUUCGGGGCGCUGAUUUUCAGCGUGUAUUUAGCCAAUUCAAGCAAGAAGCAAAAGAUAUUCUAGGCCAGGACUUAGCGUUCGAGCAGCGGCCGCAUGUGACUUUGGCGCUUUUGAAUCUAGUUACGGAUGAAGACGUGGACGCGGUCGUUAGGGCGUUGCAGGCCACGACGCUAGCCGUGUCAUCAUUGUCAACGGAUGCGGAUGGAGUACGAAAGCCGUACACAAUCGAACUGGCUGGUGUCAAACCUAUCGUAUACAAAGGGAGGGCCGCGCAACGUAGUGUCUUCAUGACCCACGCACGGCCAGAAGAUAAUCUCUCCGAUAUCGCAUCAGAGUUCCAAGAGUCCGUCAAACGGGCAGUGAACAGCAUAAUUACAACAUCAAAGAAACGAGUAGCGCAAGAGAUGGCUUCGAAAGCUAAAAGCACCAAUAACCCAGGCAGAUGGACUGAGGCAGAGGCUGCCGCACGGGGCAUAUACAUCACACCAGGCGGCAAUGUCGAGAUUACGUACGCCGACGUCGCCAUAGUCGACCCCCAUGGGGCGGUGACAGACGAGGAACUCAACGACAUGCUGGCGGAAUUGCGCAGCAAGUAUAUAGACCACGAGCCAGCUAAGCGAGGCAAGGGAAAGGGAAACCUUAGUGAUCAGAUCAAACAAAAGCACAGUGUGGACCCCUCUUCGAAAAGGCAAGGCAAUUCAUCCAAUGUGGUACCGCGCGACGCAAGCGAAACUACUGAAGAAAAUGUCGAUACCACUCAUCCCGCAACUGUCGGGGAAGUGGAUCAGGAUUUCCCCGAGUAUGAAACAUCGGUCAGUCACGAAUUCCACGUCACACUCCUACGGAACUCAAAAGUGGAGCGUCUCCAGAAACUAGGCUUUAAGACGCGGGGCGACGUGUGUUGUGUGGAGCUGCGGCCACGGGGUGGUGAGACGUGCAACUUCAAAGCCUACACUAAAACCCGGCUGGUGCAGUUUGUCGGAAACCGGUACGAUGGCAAGCCGUCUCAAAUUGAUGGCGCAAGCCAUAUAACCGGUUCGGCGCAGCCUGAGCUGCCGUCUGAUCUUCUGACCGAUCCCGGUGCAUCAGAGGGAGGCAGCACCGAGAGAUUCGUCUUUUGGAUAUGA